GAGGCUGAAUUUGGAUCACAGACAGUGAAAUGCAUCCAUAACUGUGCUGCUGAUCUUCAGAUGACAGAUUCUGCAAGUAAAGAGGAUAUAAAGUGAGACUGAAGUAUACAUGUUUUAGAGGAAUAUAUAUCUCAUUAACAGUGAUCCAGCAUGGCUGUGCAUCAGAUCCUCCUGGAUUGUUUGGAUGAACUGGUUUCUGAGGAGUUGGACAUAUUUAAAUGGCACUUAACUCAAGGAAUACACGACUUCAAAAUUCCCAAAAGCCAGUUGGAGAAGAAAUCAAGAUGUGAUAUUGUUGAGUGUAUGAUCCAGCGUUAUAGUCCUGAUGGAGCUGGGAAACUCACUCUGCUCGUUCUGGAAAAGAUGAAUCAGAUGAAUCAAGCAAAAGAGCUGCGGGAGAAGCUAGGUCAUAUGGAUACACAGCAGUCCAAACAUACUGCUGAGGCUGGAGCACCACAGAAACAAGAGAGAUGCAAACUUGGCGCUGAGUUUGUGGACAAGCACAGGACAGUGUUGAUCCAACAGGUCUCACUGGUGGAGCCCAUUGCAGACGACAUGAAACCUCUGAUUGGCGACGAAAAAUACCGUAUCGUCUUAAACUCAGGAACACCACCAGCACAAAUGAGAGCUCUUCUGAAUUUCCUGAGCACAACUAAACUGAAAGAGAAUCUUUACCAAAGUCUUAAAACACAUGAGAAAUCCCUUGUUGAUGAUUUGGGGUGUUCUGAGUAGAUGGGUUUGAUUUGGCUUUUUGUCAUUCAAAAGGUAUACAAUAAAACAAAAUCGGUUUCCAUUGCAAAUGACAAACAGGUUUUGGUAACAUCCUGUGCAUGCUGUCUUUGUUUGCUUAUUUGAGCUUUAAUAAAAUAUCUAAAACUCUGAAAUCUCUGGAAGCUUUCUUACCAUUGCCUUCUCACGCAUUUGUUUCUUCCAUUUAAACCCUUCAAAUGGUUGAUUUUGGGUAAAAUAAAUGGUAAACGUAU